GACCGUCAAGUUUCAACAACCCAUUAAUGUGAGGAUUAUAAAAGCAGUGGAGACACUUAUCAGUUCACUACUGCAGAACUUCAUCUGUUAGAUUUCAGAUCCUUGCUGCAGAACAAUGGCCAUGAAGCUGCUUUUGGUUCUGAUCCUGGUUCCUGUGGUGACUAGCUGCUCAGAUCUCAACCUCCCUCUGGACUGCAGCGAUGUCUACAACCAAGAUAGCAGCCGACCCAGCGGAGUUUACACCAUCUAUCCCAUCGGAACCACGUCUGCUAUUCAGGUUUACUGUGACAUGGACUCUCUGGAAGGAAAGUGGACCGUUUUCCAGAGGAGGAUGGACGGCUCAGUGAACUUCUACAGGCCAUGGGAUCAGUACAAGUUUGGCUUUGGGAACGCCGCAGGAGAGUACUGGCUUGGUCUGGAGAACAUCUUCCACCUGACUCAGAGGAAAAAGACAGAGCUGCUGGUCGACAUGGAGGACUUUGAAGGAAACAAAGCCUACGCCCGUUACACUUCGUUCUCUGUCGGCCCAGAGUCUGAUGGCUACAAACUGCAUCUGUCUGAAUUCAACAGUGGGGGAGCAGAGGAUUCUCUGAGUAUCGUCAGUGGACAAAAGUUCUCUACAUUCGACAAAGAUCAGGACAUCUGGGGGAAGAACUGUGCCCGAUCGUUCAUCGCGGGGUUCUGGUUCUCUGACUGUCACAAUGCAAACCCAAAUGGUGUGUACCGCUGGGGGGCUGACAGCUCUCUUUUUGCCAUCGGAGUGGAGUGGAGCUCCUGGAAGGGUCGGGGCUAUUCCCUAAAGGCCAUCAGCAUGAAGAUUCGUCCAGUACAGUGAACCUGCACGUGAUGUGUUUGGGUUGUGAACAUUCUCCGAAUUUUAGCAGCUGGGUGAAUGUUUAGACUUAAACAAACACAGAAAUAAAUGAUUAGACCCAGUUCACCUAGCCUGAAUCAUCCUAACCAGUCACUGAAACUCAUGAGGAACAUAAUUACAUAACAAAUUCCGUGUCUUAGCAAAUAGAGCAGAUUUAAAAUACUCCAGUCGCCUCAUUCAUUCACCAGAUGUUGAUGUUGUGUUUGUCACUAUGACGUGCCAGAGCUGACAGACUCUGGGGCUGCAUCUGAAAUGUUCUAAUGAUAGCUCAUAGCUUCUGUUCCUUGACCUUUCAUCAGGUCAACAGUAAGAACUCUAUCGUAGGGAAACAGCACUUCUCAUGGGAAUGCUGACACUCUGCCGGUUUGGCUAAAGAUCCCUUACCUAUUAGGCCUUUUCGGAUGCAGCCUGGAAAUCUCCUCUGUGUUUCUAUCAGAAAAAUAAACUACUUUGAUUGA